GAUACUCAGUUAUAUAUUAGUAGUAAAAGCAGGAGAAUCAAAACAAAAUGGGUUCCUCACAGAAGGUGGGUUGGUCAGUUGACAUAUUUUGGUUAUAUUUUCUAACCUUUAAAAUUGAAUACCAUAUUUGGACAAAAAGAUUCAUAAUUUUUAUGGAUUUAAAAGGGAGGAUUGGAGGAAAGAAAGGAAAUAAUGUGUGGUAGUGGCAAUAGUUUAAUUAGAUGGGAAUCAAAAUCUUGCUGAAUGGUGGUGUGGCAAGUGGUAAUUUAAUCUAAUUGGACGAAACGCCCAAGCAACGAAUUUCCUAAGCCAUCACAUCAGAGGCAAACUUACACAACAAUCAAAUUCCUAAUCACGAAAAUUACUGCCUUUAUCAUAACGCUUUUUUUCCCUUAAAUUCAAUGCUCUCACUCCACCACCAACUUCACAAACCAACCACCUUUGCCUUCCACGCCUCAAACUGCAUCAUACUUCAAAUUCUCCAGUUUAGAAAUUAACCUAUAAAUCUACCUUCAAGUACCAACUUGUAAUCACAAAAAGAUUGGAAUUUUAAUGGGAGGCCAACAAAAGAAGGUUACUCAAAGAUCAAGAAAUGAGAUUAUGGGUUUCACAGUUUCUCAUAAGCCUGCAGGGUUUGACCUCAUGCAGAACUGUGAUCUUCCUCCACCUUCCAAGGUUUUCAUGGGUUCAGAUAAGAGUGUCAUAUUCUCCAUGAAUAGGGUCUAUGACAUUGCAGGUAAAGAUGAAGAGCUAGACAGCAAACACUCUGGUGCUUACAGAAUUGAAAAUGGUGAUGAUGAAAGGGAUAAAAUGGAACUUCUUAAGGCGCUGCAAGCAUCUCAGACACGUGCCAGAGAGGCAGAAAAGAAGGCUGCAACUCUGAGAAAAGAAAGUGAUGAUCUUUCUAUGGUUUUGUUGGAGGAGGCGAUGCACUUGUUUGGGUAUCGCCAACAGGUGAGAUUGCUUGAGCUUCAAGUUUUGCACUUGCAACAAUCCCUGUGGCUGCAGCAACAAAGCGGUGCUGGAGGAUCAUCCAAUGGAGAUGGCCAUGAAGAAGAAUCGUCAAGUGUCACCUGGGUUCUGGCUUUGGUUCUUUCCUUAGGAAUUGGAGUCACCACUGCCCUUGCUUGCAGAUACUAUCUGUAAAUAGCCCUAUGCUGCCUUUGGAACCGUGUUGAUACAUGGAAGAUGAUCUUCAUAAACAGUUUUUUGCUUUAUUUAUACAAAAAUAUAACUUCGUAACCAACUGAUUAUAUUAUUUUGUGCUAAUCUGAGUAUUAAUCAAUUCUUCUCUCUUUCCUCUCAUUUAAUAGAUUAAUAUGAUAGUUAUUGUUUGCAAAGGUAAAAAGCCACUUUCCCAGCCGUAUUGAACGUGUCUUGGAAGACAAAUGAUGUUAGAUAUGCAUAGCAGAAGAGCACAACUCACACCCAAUAUACAUGAUGCAACUUAUAUGCUAUAACCUCCUUGCAUUGGAAGGAAGAUGCAAUAACUUAUCUAUUUACAUUUAAGCUGUACAUUUUCCUACUUCUAUGUAUAGGGUAUAUACCACUACGCUAAAUUUACAUAUCUAAACAAAAAAGUACGCAAAUGACACUUUAUAUGAUGGCCAUGUGUAUAUUUCUCAAAUGGUUAUAACAUUCAUCACUACUACUAAAGAACUCCAAGCAAACCCAGCAGACAUGCUUUCCACACUUGCACUCAACGUGGUUGCACCCAUCAACCUUCUCAAUUACAUAUCCACAGGCCGAGCAGCUCUUAACUUGUUCUUUCCCUUUGCACCACUCCUUCAGAGAUGAGUCCGGAUCUUGCUUAAAUUCUCGAUAUCUCUCACAAGAAAUGUAUGGAUGACACUCUAAGUGGCACCUGGUACAUGUCUCUGAAAAACAUGCCCCACAAACAAAUGGUUCGCCAGCUGUCCCAGGAUCUGCAACCCGAUAAAUUGAGGGGCAGUCAGGAGAAGGACAAAACCUGUAAGUUCCCCCACUGGAUGCCACAAAAGCUCCCAAAGAAGCCCUGAAAAGUUCCUCCACCUUAUCACUUGAUAAGAGAGAUCUCAAAUCUGUAAGUAGAAUAUGUUCUCCACAGCCCCCGUGAGUGCAACAUAUUGGGAAACUACCUUGGUUUUUUAUAGCAGAUUCACAUUGUUCCACUAGACACAACCGGCAGAACACAUGACCACAGCCUUCAAGCCGGUAUCCAUCAUCAACCUCACACAAGCAAAUAGGACAAUUAGGUCCUGUGUCAAAAUUCUCAACCAAAUGAUGGCUUGAACUUGCAAUCUCAAAAAUUAUUUCCUCUACUCUUGGUUUCAACUCCUUGUUACCGUGAAGAAAGAUUAUCUGGCGGCGUGUGCUGAGCGUAAGAUUUGUCCCUGGUACCUUCUCUUUUAGUCCAUGGAGAUCUGGCCCAAAAUUCGUAAUCACUUGCUUCAUUAAGUCAGGACGUAG